AUGGUGGCCGGAGGUGGCGAGAGACAGACAAUGGUGGCCGGAGGUGGCGAGAAAGAGAAAGUAGAACCAGACACAACCACCACCACCAAGAAUGAUGAGUUUUUCUGGUCAUACACAGAUGAACCACAUGCUUCUCGCCGCCGUCAGAUCCUCUCCGAGUACCCCCAAAUCAGACAGCUCUUUGGCCCUGAUCACUGGUCUCUCCUCAAGGUAACCCUCGUUGUUUCGCUUCAAUUAUGGACCGCAGUAUAUCUCCACCGUGCAAGGUGGUCGAAGAUCCUCAUGGUGGCCUAUUUUUUCGGGUCUUUUCUCAAUCACAAUCUCUUCUUAGCAAUUCAUGAACUAAGUCACAAUCUUGCUUUCUCUAAGCCACUCUACAACCGUUGGCUCGGCAUCUUUGCUAACCUCCCCAUCGGAGUCCCAAUGUCUGUCACCUUCCAAAAGUAUCACCUCGAGCACCACCGCUACCAAGGCGUUGAUGGCAUCGACACUGACAUCCCUACCCUGACGGAAGCCCGCAUAAUCACAAAUAUAGUCACAAAAUCCAUCUGGGUACUCUUCCAACUCUUCUUUUACGCCUUUAGACCAUUGCUCGUGAACCCUAAACGGCCCGGAAAAUGGGAAUUCCUCAAUUUCGCCAUCCAAAUCAGCCUUGAUGUUUGUAUGAUUUACUUUUGGGGGUCCAGAUCUUUCGGGUACUUAAUUCUUUCCACGUUUGUGGGAGGCGGAAUGCACCCGAUGGCGGGCCAUUUCAUCUCCGAACACUAUGUAUUCAACAAGAAAGAAGGGCAAGAAACGUAUUCGUAUUAUGGUCCAUUGAACGUAAUGGCGUGGCACGUCGGGUACCAUAAUGAGCACCAUGAUUUCCCAAGAAUCGCGGGUAGUAAGCUUCAUAAAGUAAGGGCAAUCGCACCCGAAUACUACGAAAAUUUGGAAUCUUACAAGUCUUGGAGCCAAGUAAUAUACUGUUAUGUAGCAGAUAAGUCCAUGGGACCAUUCAGCAGGAUGAAGAGAAAGCCAUCAACCAAAAAUACCUAA